AUGUCGACAAUUGCCCGGACCCUGUGGUCCCUUGCUUACGUCGUUCCGAAAGGCACGGAGAAGGAUCAUAAACAGAUGACCGCUAUCGAGUAUAAUCUCAAUUACCAGCAUCUUACUCUCAACCUCGAUACGAGUGUCGCGAAGAGCGAACACUAA